AUGAUGAGAUCAGAUCCAAAGACGUACCGUUCAAAAGUUUUAUAUGAGUGCAGAGACGGAGCUUCCCUAUAUUCCAUACCAUGUACCGAUAAUCUAUCCACUAUCAAGUUUACAGAACGAAAUAAAAUAUGGCAAGGAUCAUUGUUAUUCAUUGAGAAAGAACAAUUAUCCAACUCAUACAUGGAAGGGUUUGAACAAACAAAGAAUGAUAAAUUCAUAAUUCAUCCAUUCUUGAAAAUGAAAAGUAAAUUGGAAUUCCGAAAUGGACAAUAUCUAUGGGGAGAAACAUGGUAUUGCCCCGUUGUCGAAGAUUUAAGUUUAUCAUCGACAACUGCAACAAAUAUUGAUGUUCAAAAAAUUUCUAAAAUAAGUCAUGAUGGAACCAGCACUAUUCAACAAGUUUCUAGUAAUAGAUUUAAAGUGAUAGUUCAAUUACCCAAUUCUGGAUAUAAACCGUAUUACCCUGAUCAUUCCCCCAAUGAUUUACCGCAAGUUGCCCUUGGAUUGGAAUUUGAGGAUCCCGAUAUGGCUGCUCAAUUUGAAUAUAUGUUAGCUGUUUAUGACGCUAGGUUCAAAUACGAACUGCAACUGUACUAUUAUGAUCGAAUGGUCUAUGCCAUAAAUAUAAUAAACUUCAAGACUAUCAUGCAAGAACAGGACGAAGAGGAAGAAGAAGACAUACAUGAACUAACUGAAGAAUUUAAAAAUCAGAGUAUUACUGAUGAGUUUAGUUAUUACGAAAAAACUUCGAGAGAAUUACAAGAGUUUGAAAAGGACAAUGCUGAUGACUUUGUCCAUGAUGAUGAUGAUGAUGAUGUUAAUGAUGAUGAUGACGAUUUUGGAGAUUUUAUUGCAUGUUAA